CUCUCUCUCUUCUUGGCGUAACGUCCUCAUUGGGACACAGCCUGCUUCUCAGCUUAGUGUUCUAUGAGCACAUCCACAGUUAUUAACUGAGAGCUUCCUCUGCCAACGACCAUUUUGCAUGCGUAUAUCGUGUGGCAGGCACGAAGAUACUCUAUGCCCAAGGAAGUCAAGGAAAUUUCCUUUACGAAAAGAUCCUGGACCGACCGGGAGUCGAACCCGUCACCCUCAGCAUGGUCAUGCUGAAUACCCGUGCGUUUACCGCCUCGGCUAUAUGGGCCCUUUUACGUGUUCUUGACUAGCGAGGGUAAAAAUGCCGUCUCCAACGGGUUCAAGUAGUUCCAGGAGAAUUUGAGAAGACAUUCCUGAAGGAGUUCAUGGCAAAAUUUCUCCAGCAUUUCCAAAAAAGAUUCCUCAAUGAUUUCCAUGAAAAAAAAACUGUAAGAAAUUCCGGGAGGAAUUCAAAAAAGGAAUCCCUUUAGAAAUCACUGAAUGAGUUCCUGGAGGAAUUCCUGAAGAAAUUUAAAAGCUCUCAAGGACUUACAGAAAAAAAAUCCCACAAAGAGUUCUUGGGAAAAUGCCUGCAGGUGAAAUCCUUGAAAAGUUCCUGGAGAAAUCGCUGGAGUCUCUGAAAAAAUCUGUAAUUCCUGGAGAAAUCCAUGAAAAAAACUUCAGAAGAAAAAUCUCAAAGAAUACCAGGAGAAGUCUCUUCGGGAAUACCUAGAAAAAAUCCUGGACGAACUCUGGAAUUAAUGGAGGAAUCACUGAAGAAAUUACCGAAUAAACCCUUCACUACGGAAUUCAAGAAAAAAUCCUGAAAACUUCAAGAGGAAUCUUUGAAUUAAAGCCAGGAGAAACCUCUACCAGUACUUCUAGAGGAAUGUUUGAAGAAACUCUUGAAUGAACUAAAUUCCUGAACCACUGAAGAACUUCCAGAAUCAAUCUCUGAUAGAGCAUUCAUUAAAGAAUUUUCUGGAUGAAUUUCUGAAUGAACUCCAGGAGAAACCUCUGACGGAACUUUGAAAGCAAUCCCUGAAGGAAAAGUCUGGGAAUCCGAAAAGAAAAUCAUUGAGGAAUCUCCGAAAGAAGUACUACAGAAAUCCUUGAAAUAACUUCAGAAAACCCUCCUGACGAAAUUUCUGAAGGAAUCCCUGAAUAAAUUUCUGGAGAAAUUCUUAAAGAAAUUUAUGGAGGAUCGGCAAAUUUUCGUUUGGGAAGAACCACUCUGCUAUCAAAAGUUGUUAUGAAUUAUGCAGCCACAAAUUUGCUGCCGUUUUUUUAAUUGAACGACCUCUACUUUUUGCUUCGAUUGGGCCUCGCAGUUCAGGAUUGUUAGUGACGUUGUUUCGGUGCAAAUUUUAAUGAACUUCUAGAAUAAUCAAUUCUCCGUUCUUUAGUUUGUUCCGAUAAUUAUAUUCCACUCCAAGUGGAUAACUCACAACUGAGGAAAAUAACAAGUGAUAGUCAAAAUACGCGUAUCUGUCAAAAGAUAAGCAAAACAAGGUGGAAUUAGAAAGUACAAAACUGAUUACACUCAUUCGAAGAAGGUUUUCUGCUAGGAGGGUUAGAAUAGUCGGUACAAGAUAUUUCAGCGGCCCAUAUAGCCGAGGCGGUAAACGCACGGGUAUUCAGCAUGACCAUGCUGAGGGUGACGGGUCCGAUUCCCGGUCGGUCCAGGAUCUUUUCGUAAAGGAAAUUUCCUUGACUUCCUUGGGCAUAGAGUAUCUUCGUGCCUGCCACACGAUAUACACAUGCAAAAUGGUCAUUGGCAGAGGAAGCUCUCAGUUAAUAACUGUGGAAGUGCUCAUAGAACACUAAGCUGAGGAGCAGGCUUUGUCCCAGUGAGGACGUUACGCCAAGAAGAGAGAGAGAGAUAUAAAGAUUUUCCACAGAACUUCCUCCAACGGUAUUUCCAGGUAUUUUUUAAUAAAUUUCACCAGAAUAAAACAUUAGAAUAUUCUCUGAUUCCAAACAGGCGGUUGAAAAGGUCAUUUGGCCGAAUACCGUUUGGUCGGAUGCCGUUUGGCCGAAACAUGAAUAAUGAACUUAAGUGAUCAUGCCACUGUUCUACAAAAUUGUAUGAUAAAAUAUUAACAGUUUCAGUGUCAAUCAAUCUCUGAAAGAAGAAAUUAGAAAGAUAACCUAUGAUUAAAAGUAGGGAAUAAUUCUAAUGGUCAUUGACUGAUUGGUUGAUUAAAAUUCGGCCAAAUGGCCGGACAUCUUCUAAGGUAUGUAACAAUUCCAAAGAAGGACCUACAAUAUGUCAAAAUCUAUUUAAAAAAAAUUAGUUUCUUCCUUCGUCGAUAUUCGACCCAAAACAGGUGUGCGGCGGAAAACAGUUUGAGAACCCAUGAUUCUACAAACAACCUGAGAUGACUUCCUACUUCAAGGUUGGGUAAUCGUCGCAUCCAGCUAGCGUCAGUGCUAGACAUUACAGCGCAACUGACAUAUCUUUUCUCACUUUAUCAUCGUACAUACGCAUGCUGUAAAAUGUCGAAAAAUAUUUCGUCGGUAGGUAUAAUAGCAUUCCACCAAAUCUGCGGCUGCUGUCCAUCAUCAACGAGAUGAGAGAUUGUUGAUUACGCGACAGCAAAUCCGCAGCGCCGGUGGUGAUGGAGAUCUUGAAAAUAACCACCGGCUUACGGUUAUGCAGAUAAGCAUCACCGUCUUUAAGGAUACCGCCGCUCAGCUCUUCGAGAUUUUUCAUCUCUGCAUACACUGCAAACAGCUUUCUUGCGUACUUUUGCGUCAUUGUACUUGUAGACUCUUGCUGAAGUGACACAUCCCCUAGCUUGCCGUUUGUCAUAGUUCAUCGGUUUUCCUGGUAGAAGAGGUAAGAUCCUGUCUGAUUGCUACGUUCUGCUCCAACAGACAUGCAACCGCGCGAAAAUACUUUCAUUCUAAUUGUUUUCCACUGUCAACAGCUUGUCCUGUGACACUGUCUGCAAAAGUCUCGGAGGAGAAAAUAUUUCGGACACCUCACUUUUCACCAAACACCGUGUAAGCCGUUUCGUUUCGAAAGAAAUCUAUCAAUUAGUGACGCUAAUUUAGCAGGCGAAGUCUUGUAUUGCGGUGCACAUGACCGAUUGGACAUGAGAGCUGAGGGGCAGCUAUAUAGAUAAACGGUCUGAGUUUGCCCGGUGGAUGAGAAGGCAGGCAGACAGGCAGUCAGUAGUGGCAGACAAGGAUGCUUCGCGAGAAUAAGUGACCACCUGUGUGCACAGUUUCGUGAGGAAUUUUGCGAGUGGGAUGGCUCUAUGGUUGAAAGUACCGUGCUCUUGUCACGCCGUCUGGUGGAUUUGAUUCAUUGAACGGAUGGAUCCAGUUUGAGGUUGCAACCCAAACAAUGCUCCCAUCUAGUAUCCAGCUAGUGCUAGAGUAAAGUACGACGACGGACGGGUAUUACUCAGAAUGGAUGGACGCACGGAUGGACGGUAACAUCAUCAACCACUGAGUAUGACCACUCGUCUGCUUUAAAGUUUCCAGCUAGAGAGCAGUGAAUGGGACGGAAUCAGGCAGGCAGCCCACGCCAUACGCCGGUUACAGCAGCUACUUCUACCUCAACCGGGGUAAAAAGGUGUGUAUUUUUGCUCCCACCCACAACCGCACCGCAGUCGCGCAGAUAUUGUAGACGAGUGACGCGUGUGCUGCAUGCAGCCAACAACCCCGAUUGUUGCUCAUUGCUGGACGAGCAGGAGAGUGAGCGAGAGGGAGAGGACGGCUAAUGGUUUUUGUACCCAGGUAAACCUACUGGAGCAUUAGCUGGAGCACGGAUGGUAAUGUAGCGCUGGCUGCAACAAACAGUAGGUAACUGCAGCACUUCAUCAUCAUCACAUCAUGAUCAUCGCUCGAGAAUGAAUAUAAAAUCUAAAAGCGCGCGCGGGUGGGGAAUUGUUUUGAUCUGCGAAUGAAGAUGACAUCAUUCGUGUGCGUGUGUGGGUGUGGAAAGUGGUGGAAUAGUGCUAAUUCCUAUGACUCAAAAGUACCUGCGGCAAGUUUGCUUUUUACAGUUUACUACAUAAUACGAUUGAAGGUAGGUUGUGUUGUGAUUCCAAAAGCACAUGAAACAAUCGGAUUGGGGGAUUAGUAAAGCCUGUAUCCGCAAUAAUCGGGACACAGAAGUAUGGCAGUAACUCUGUACUGAAUCAAUAAAAAUUGAUCAAAAAUUAACUGAGAACUCAUUGAUGUAUGUUUAUUAUUUGUGCAAAAUUUCAUUAACAUCGAUGCAUUACUUUUAACUGUGGAUGAGAAACAAACAGACGUGGUUUUUAAGAUUUUGUACAAUCAUCACCAAUUUUCAUUCGCAUACUAGAUGGUUCUUUUCCGCUGCAGUUCAAAGUUCUGUGAGGAUAAUUAUGAAAUUUCGUGAGCAGUUAUUAUACUUAAAGAGAUACUUUCUUGCAAAAUUUCAUCAACUUUUAUCGAUUGGAUUGAAAGACACUGGUGUUGAUAGGGGAUAGUGUUAGUGAAAAUGUUUCAUGUUUUUUAUGUGCGAUGUUUGCUCAUUUGUAACUUUUGAAUGUCUCUGCCAAUUUUCAUGAAAUUCUCACAGAAGGUAGUUGAUUAUGUGUAUAUUAUGCCUGCAAAAUUUGGUGAUUAUUGGUGUAGUACUUUCAACAAUACAAUCGAAACAAUAAGAGGUGCUCACUAAUUGUUGUCUGAGGGGCUAAAAUCACGGUUAGCCCCAAUAUAUGUUUCGGCUAUAAAAUUGUUGAUAGUGCAUCGAUUUUUUUGAAAUUUUGCCUCUGCAAGGGACGUAUAUUGAGAGGUUUGUGUUCAAAAUUUCAGCCAUUUCUUUGGUCAAAUUCAAAAGUUACAGCGCUGACAAGCUAAACCAGGGGCUGUACAAAAUUGAAUUGCUCGCGUUCUACUGUUUCAUUGCUACAACAAAAGGUACUUCACCGAUUCAAUUGAAAUUUUGCAGGUGAAAUAAACACAUCUUGAGAUAUUAUCAGGCAAAAUUUGAGCAAUUUUAAUGCAUAUAUUGCAGAGGUGCAGUAAUAUUUCUGUGUCCCGAUUAUUGCGGAUACAGGCUUUAGUCAUUUCAAUUAUGUCAACUGUUUCAUGCGAACGAACUGAGAGCAAAAUUCAAUAGAUGUGAACACCUUUUAUUUAGUAAUACAUUGGUGAGCUCGUUCCAUAUUACUAUGUUUUACGAUUCUAGUAUUAACAUGUUGAAGGGACAACAUCUUCCCACAACAAUGUAUAUGGCAUGUUCCUCAUCUUCUGUAUGGCCUUUCGUCCCAACUGGAACAAAGCCUGCUUCUCAACUUGUGUCUCAAUGUGUUGUAUGAGCACUUCCACGGUGAUUAACUGAAAACUUUUAUCUUGACUAGAAAGUUAAGAAUACUUACACUACGAAGAGUUAAUGAUAUUACGCUUAAGUUUACCGCCAUGGGCUGAGAGUGCUUUCUGUAUUUUCAUAAAUCUGAUAAUUCGUGCGCAGUAAACUUGUUCAAAUAUUCUUGAAAUGUGCAAUACCCUUAUACGAUAGAGUUUUGAAAUUAACCCAUAUUCACCCAGCGUCCUAUUUAUAGGACAAAUGCCCCGAACGCCUAGCGUCCAAUUUAUAGGACAGUACUUUUGAAGUGAAUAUCUUGAGAAUAGCACAAUAUUUGAGCGUACUGUCCUCAGAGAAGAUAUUCGAAAUAUCCAUAUUUUGAACAUAGUUAUCAAUAAACUUCAGAAUUGACUCACUAGGUGCCGCAAAUGUUGUUACGAAUGUAGCGCAUGUCGGCGGUUUGUGAGUCUAGUUUCAAAUAAAAAUUUCAAGUUGGUGUACUCGGACGAGUUGUUCAUACGAGUGAUAAUCUUCUAUUCAAAUGAUCUUUAAAUAGUUACACAUUUUCUCACUAGGUGGUGCUGCAGUACUUUUGAUUUGAUUUAGGUCUUUUCUGUAAAUACAUAUGUUUAUCUAGCCAAACUUACACUGAAUCUAUUUCCGUCUACUUAAAUUCUAUUCUCGGCGCAACAUGAAUUCAAUUUCCGUCAUAACUACAAGAAGACACUAUAGUACAUAGGAUGGAUACAAAUUUACAACCCUAAUUGUGUAUACAAAAAGUCGGUCAAAUCGUUUGCAAUCUAAGUAAAUUAAUGUUUUCUAAGUACUACCAAACAAAACAAAAUUAAGAGAAAAAAGUUUUACCUAGGGUUUCGAACUACGGUACCUAAGGUUUUCCGCAACGGGAUCUACAGCCAAUGAGCUCCACGUUCACUCUGAAGCCAUGCAAGUGCCCAAAACAACUAUUACACGCAAACGAGUGCACUUCGUCAGCACCCAAUGCUGAAGUGAUUUCCCAUUUAAUUUUGCUGGAAAUUCGGCACUGAUGCCGGAAAUUGGCGCUGGACUAGGUGCAGUAAACUCGUUUAAAAUCAGCUUUCUGGCAGAAAAUGUUCACAACAAUCACUAUCAACAAUAAGUUCACGCAAUAAGGUAUCUGAUCCAGAUGAAAAAAGUGGACGAAAACGGUCGUUUCGUUGUGGAUUUAAGUAAUGCUCAAUUUUGUUUACCUGUUGUGCCGGGAAUGGGGUCGAAAACCCUAUAUAAUAUCAACGGAAACAGAUCAUAGUGCGCUAUCAGGGAGCACCGAAGAAUUCUUUUAUUGUAGUUGUGAAAUAAGAAACAUAUUAUACGCAUAAAAGUUACGGAUACAUUUGCUUGCAUCCUUCCUGUGACGAAGAACACUUGUUUAUCUACAUUUGAAGUGAAGUGAAAUUUAAAUGAGAAAAAUUAUGAGAUUUUUUUCAAUUUCCAGUGCAAUAGAGGCUGGAUAUUCAUAGUCUACAUCUUUAUGCUUCCACCUGUUGUGUCAUUGGCGAUGGUAAGUUUAAAUUUCCGUGGUUAUUGAUAAUUUUCAAUCUGAUAUGACGGAAAUUGGAGCAUAUGACAAAGUAGAUUCUUACCACUAUUAGUAAAAAAAAACCUUCGAACAGGUGACACUUCGGUGAAAAAAGCUUUUUUUGCCAAUAUCUCGACUCAGUGAAGAGAUAAAAAAUGGCGAAUUCAACAAAACUGCUCCAGUGUAUAUGGGCCAUGUGUCACGAAGAUUUCAAGUUAAAAACUACCGCACUUCAUGUAAUCUAUAUCACGGAUAACCUCCCGUUUGGCACUGAUCUACGAAAAUAGUCAGGAUUGCCUCCCGAUAAUUCAGGUCAAGGAAAUUACUGUAAGAUAUUACAAACAUUUCAAGAAGAAACAAUAAAUCUCUAAGGAUUUCUACAAAGUUUUCAACCAGGCUUUAUCUUAUAGUUUCUUCAGAGAAUUCUGUAGGGGUUCGUUCCAGGAUUUUUCCUGAAAUUCCUCCCUGUAUUCCUCUCAGAGUUCUUCAUAGGAUCCGUUCAAGUAGUCUUCGAAUGAUCCCUCUUGGAUUUUUUCAGGAUGCUUUCAGGAAUUCCUCUAGAAUUCUUACAGGGAUUCCUCCCAGCAUUUCUGCAGGUAUUUCUCCUAGAAUGCCCAUAGGUAGUUCUGUGAUUCCUUCAAGAUUUCUACAAGAUUUCGUCAAGGAUUUCUCCAGGAUUUUCCCUCAGAUUAUUUUAUUGAUUUUUCCUGGAUUCUUUCAGGAUUUCUUUCCGACAUUUCAACAAGGAUUCCUUCAUUGGUUCUUCCCGGGAAUCCUUCAUUGAAUCCUCCCUGGAUUCCUUUAGGAAAUUCUUUUAAGACUGUUUCUGUGAUUCCUCCAGGAUUUUUCCUGAUAUAUCUGCCAGACUGUUUCGGGGAUUUCUUCCUGGCUUCCUUUAGGACUUCUUCCGAGAAUAUCUUCAUUGCCACCUUCAAGGAUUUUGUCAUUUGUUUUUACCGGGUUUCUUGUAGAAAUUCCUCUCAAGGUUUACAUAGGCAUUCAUUCGAGGAUUCAUCCGAAAAUCUACGAGAUUCUUAGAGAUUUAUUCCGGGAUUCCUUCCGAAUUCCCAUCCAGGGAUUUCUUCUAGGACACAUUCUUUAAGGUAUUCCUCCAGAGAAUAAUUUAUAAAUUCCUCCUGGUUAUUUUCAGAGAUUCCUUCAAAGAUUUAGAUCGGAAUUUCUUAUUGAUUUCUCAUAUGAUUCUUUUGAUUGUAUGUCACGGGAUAUCUUUAGACAUUUUUCUUGAGUUUCCGUCAAAAACUAUUCCAGGGAUACCUCUAGGGACUCCACCUUGGUUUUCUUCAGAGAUUCCUCCAACAAUGUCUUCAAUGAUUUAUCCUGAAAUUCUUUUACAGCACUCUUUCCCGGGAUUCCUUCAGCAUUUUACCCCGAAUUUCUUUCCGGGAUCAAUUAUUGAUCAUUGAUCCUUUUCGAGUAAUCUUUAGCACAUUCUCCUAAAAUUUGUAUAGAUAGGUAUUAUUCCAGAAUCCUGCCAAGCAGUCUUCCAGGAAUUCUUUCUGGAAUGUCCGGGAUUUCUUCCGGGAUUCUUUCACGGAUUAUCCCCGGGAUUGUAUCAGGGAUUGCUCCAGGAUUCUCCUGGCUUUUUUCCUGGGAUUUUUCUCGGACUUCCUUCAAGGAUUUCUUCAUUGAUUUUCCCAUGUUUCCUUCCGAGAUUCCUCCUGAGAUUCAUUCAGACAACGCCGUCUCGUAACCUCACUUCUUACCUGUUCAACAACCCUAAAAGUUGAAUUUGCGGGGAAUACAGGAUCAUAAUCAAAUUGAAAAAGGACGAAAACUACUAUUCCCCUCAUUAUCUACAGAUUACAAGCAAAUUUGUUACAUUUACAUUCGUUGAACAGGUAGGAUUGAGGAUAUGGAAUCGCCACUGCAUUCAGAGAUUCUUUCAAGAAUACUUCCCGGAUUUCCAUUAGGGAUUUCUUCCGGAAUUCAUUCUGAGAUUCCUUCACUGAUUUCUAAUGGGAUAUCUUCUGGAAUUAUUUCAAGAAUUCCUCCCAAAAUUAAUUUGGCAAUGCUAUGGGAAUUUCUCCUGAAUUAUUUCAGGAAUUCCUUCAGAAAUUCCUUCAUUUAUUCUCCUCGGUUUUCCUUAAGAAAUUUAUCCCAGAAUUCAGGGAUUCCGCUAAGGAUAUUCUUAGGGAUUUGCCCCGGGAUUUCUUCGAAGACACCUUCCCGAAGUCAUACAGGGAUUUGUCUUGGGAUUCCUUCCAGAAUCCCUGUUGGAUCCUCCCGCCCCCGCCCCUCCGAGAUAUAUUUUCAAAGAUAAAAACAAAAUACUUCGAGGAAUUCUGCCGGGAUUCCUUCAGAGAUUUCUCCCGGGCUCUUCAUGGAUUUCUUUCGAAAUUUCUCCAGGAAUUUCUGUCAGGAUUCAUUUAUUGCUUUCUACCGGGAUUUCUUUAGAGAUUGCACAUGGAAUUGCUCCCAGAUAUUCCUUCAGUGAUUCCAUAAGAGAUUUCUCCCGCAAUUUCCUGAAUGAUUUUGCCCGGAAAUCUUUCUCCCGAGAUUAUUUCAGGGAAUGCUUUUGAGAUUAUCUUAAUGAUAUUUUCAGGAAUACUUUUGGGAUUCCAUCAAUGAUACCCCUCGCGGUACUUUCCUAAGUUUCUCCUACACACCUAGAAAAUAUCAUGUAAUUUUAAGUGUCCUGAACCUGACAUAUACGAGCAUCUUCAAAAACACAAAUUUAGUAGAGGUUAUAACAUGUAAAUUUACGUCUUUCAAGACACCCCAAAAUAAAACUUAUUUUUUCUUAGCGUCAAGCAAUCGCUAGAACCGAUUUGACAGAUAAAACAUAGAAAAGUAAAAUAUUGUCAUGCAUGGGAUUGGAACUCCGGAUCUGCUGAUCGUGAGCCACAUCUCUUACCUCUCGGCUAUUUCACCGAGUUGGAAGGUGGCUGAUGAACGUGAUACUGAUUCUACGUUUCUGGUGAAACGGAUUUGUUAACCAACCAGCACUUACAUGAUGCGCGUAAAAUUGAGUCCAAUUUGUGAUUCAGUCUUGAAAAUAUUUACGUUUUCUGGUGAUUCCGUUUCGUGGAAAUUUCAGAAUUUCUAAGUGUGUAGAAUUGCUUCCAGGGUUCUGUUAGAAAUUUCUCAAGGAAUCUCUCAGAGACGCCUCUUGAGAUUUUUCCGUGGUUACUCCAGGAUUUAUUCAUUGAUUGCUUCCAGGAUCCUUUGUGGAUUUCUGCUAGAAUUUUUCAAGAGAUUUUUGAAGGGUUUCUCCAAGGAUUUCUUCCCAAAAUCGUCCGGGGAUCUUCCAGGGUUGCUUCCGGGAUUUCUCCUAGAAUUUUCCCCAUUAUAUCUUGUGGGAUUUUUCUUGAAACUGGAUUCCUUCAGAUAAUAUUCUCGGAUUUUUUUUUAAGAGGAUUACUCCCGGGAGAAGGGGGCAGCUUUGGUGUAAGGUGAUACCUCGUUAGUGUAACUAGCCAUGUAUAAACUCUUCAAAGAGUAGGCAAAAUGACAAAAAAAUGAUUUAAAGAUUCUUAUUUACGAAAAGGCACGGUAAAGGCUGGGUAUGCUGCGCAAUUCAGAUCCCAUUGUGAUCCACUAGCCUCUGCCCAGCAACUCCUAUCCCUACCUCCACGCGGUACCGGCCGGAAACUAUGAGCAACCUUAGGGAAGAUCGGGUAACCAACCCCGGUGGGAACUUUGGUCGUAGGCUGACAGGGAAGGGGGGGUUUGCUUCGGCAAACCUGAGCGUCUGUUCUCCAGGAGGAGCGGCUCACAACAGCGUCUGAUCCCCAUGUUAGGGGCGGCUGAUCUACGUCCGAGUGCCAGGGAAGGACUCUAAGCUCAACUGUGCACUAUGGUCCUCCGGAAAGUAGGGGGUUGGUGUCAGGCCCUACGAGCCAGCCGUAAAAAACCAUUGUAACGGAAAAUCAGCAACAGAAUAAUACGAACCGAGACCAACGGCAACGACCCCAGCGAACAAAAAGGACUUGCGAUUGGAAACUCGGUACGUGGAACUGCCGAUCUCUCAACUUCAUUGGGAGCACCCGCAUACUCGCCGAUCUACUGAAGGACCGCGGGUUCGGCAUCGUAGCGCUGCAGGAGGUGUGUUGGACAGGAUCCAUGGUGUGAACGUUUAGAGGUAACCAUACCAUCUACCAGAGCUGCGGCAACACACGCGAGCUGGGAACAGCUUUCAUCGUGAUGGGUGAUAUGCAGAGGCGCGUGAUCGGUUGGUGGCCGAUCGACGAAAGAAUGUGCAGGUUGAGGAUCAAGGGCCGAUUCUUCAACUUCAGCAUAAUAAACGUGCACAGCCCACACUCCGGAAGUACUGAUGAUGACAAGGACGCAUUUUACGCGCAGCUCGAACGCGAGUACGAUCGCUGCCCAAGCCACGACGUCAAGAUCAUCAUAGGAGAUUUGAACGCUCAGGUAGGCCAGGAGGAGGAAUUCAGACCGACGAUUGGUAAGUUCAGCGCCCACCAGCAGACGAACGAAAACGGCCUACGACUCAUUGAUUUCGCCGCCUCCAAAAAUAUGGCCAUACGUAGCACCUUUUUCCAACACAGCCUCCCUUAUCGUUACACCUGGAGAUCACCACAGCAGACGGAAUCUCAAAUCGACCACGUUCUGAUUGACGGACGGCACUUCUCCGACAUUAUCGACGUCAGGACCUAUCGUGGCGCCAACAUCGACUCCGACCACUAUCUGGUGAUGGUCAAACUGCGCCCAAAACUCUCCGUCAUCAACAAUGUACGGUACCGGCGACCGCCACGGUACAACCUAGAGCGACUGAAGCAACCGGAUGUCGCCUCAGCAUACGCGCAGAAUCUCGAAGCCGCGUUGCCAGACGAGGGCGAGCUCGAUGAGGCCCCUCUAGAGGACUGCUGGAGUACAGUGAAAGCAGCCAUCAACGACGCAGCCGAGAGCACCAUCGGGUACGUGGAACGGAAUCGACGUAACGAAUGGUUCGACGAAGAGUGCAGAACGGUUUUGGAGGAGAAGAACGCAGCGAGGGCGGUAAUGCUGCAGCAAGGGACUCGACAGAACGUGGAACGUUACAAACAGAAGCGGAAACAGCAGACCCGCCUCUUUCGGGAGAAAAAGCGCCACCUGGAAGAAGCGGAGUGUGAAGAAAUGGAACUGCUGUGCCGUUCCCAAGAAACACGGAAGUUCUAUCAGAAGCUCAACGCAUCAAAUAUGCAGGGAUAAAGACGGAGGCCUCUUGACGGACGGACGUGAGGUGAUCGAAAGGUGGAAGCAGCACUUCGAUCAGCACCUGAACGGCGUGGAGAACGUAGGCACGGGAGCCCACGGCAACGGAAGGAACGACGACGCCAGUGCAGCGGAGGACGGAAAUGAACCAACUCCCACGCUGAGGGAAGUUAAGGAUGCCAUUCACCAGCUCAAAACCAACAAAGCAGCUGGUAAGGAUGGUAUCGCAGCUGAACUCAUCAAGAUGGGCCCAGAAAAGUUGGCCACCUGUCUGCAUCGGCUGAUAGUCAGGAUCUGGGAAACCGAACAGCUACCGGAGGAGUGGAAGGAAGGGGUAAUCUGCCCCAUUCACAAGAAAGGCGACCAUUUGGAAUGUGAGAACUUCAGGGCGAUCACUAUUUUGAAUGCUGCCUACAAAGUGCUAUUUCAGAUCAUCUUCCGUCGUCUGUCACCUAAAACAAAUGAGUUCGUGGGAAGUUAUCAAGCCGGCUUCAUCGACGGCCGGUCGACAACGGACCAGAUCUUUACCGUACGGCAAAUCCUCCAGAAAUGCCGUGAAUACCAGGUCCCAACGCACCACCUGUUCAUCGACUUCAAAGCGGCAUACGAUAGUAUCGACCGCGCAGAGCUAUGGAGAAUCAUGGACGAAAACGGCUUUCCUGGGAAGCUGACUAGACUGAUUGAAGCAACGAUGGACGGUGUGUGCAAAACUGCGUAAGGGUUUCGGGUGAACUAUCCAGUUCAUUCGUAUCUCGCCGGGGACUGCGACAAGGUGACGGACUCUCAUGUCUACUCUUCAACAUCGCGCUGGAAGGUGUGAUGCGACGAGCCGGGCUCAACAGCCGGGAAACGAUUUUCACAAAAUCCGGUCAAUUUGUGUGCUUUGCGGACGACAUGGACAUUAUCGCUAGAACAUUUGGAACGGUGGCAGAACUGUACACCCGCCUGAAACGCGAAGCAGCAAAGGUCGGACUGGUGGUGAAUGCCUCAAAAACAAAGUACAUGCUGGUAGGCGGAACCAAAAACGACCGGAUCCGUCUGGGUAGUAAUGUUACGAUAGACGGGGAUACUUUCGAGGUGGUGGAGGAAUUCGUCUACCUCAGAUCCUUACUGACGGCUGACAACAACGUGAGCCGAGAAAUUCGGAGGCGCAUCAUCAGCGGAAGUCGGGCCUACUACGGGUUCCAGAAGAAACUGCGGUCGAAAAAGAUUCACCCACGCACCAAAUGCACCAUGUACAAAACGCUGAUAAGACCGGUGAUCCUCUACGGGCACGAGACAUGGACCAUGCUCGAGGAGGACCUGCAAGCACUCGGAGUUUUCGAGCGACGGGUGCUAAGGACGAUCUUCGGCGGCGUGCAGGAAAACGGUGUGUGGCGGAGAAGGAUGAACCACGAGCUCGCUGCACUUUACGGCGAACCCAGCAUCCAGAAGGUGGCCAAAGCCGGAAGGAUACGUUGGGCAGGGCAUGUUGCAAGAAUGCCGGACAACAACCCUGCAAAGCUGGUGUUUGCAACGGAUCCGGUUGGCACAAGAAGGCGUGGAGCGCAGAGAGCACGAUGGGCGGACCAGGUGGAGCGUGACUUGGCGAGCAUUGGGCGCGACCGAGGAUGGAGAGCGGCAGCCACAAACCGAGUAUUGUGGCGUACUAUUGUUGAUUAUGUCUUGUCUUAAUGAUGUUGAACAAAUAAAUGUAUGUAUGUAUGUAUUUACGAAAAGUUCCUUAAACAACGGGGAAGCAGACCCAGACACUCUUAGCAUGUUUUUACUGAAUAAAACAGUUUGAAUUGAUCAAACAAGAGUGAGAGCCUAGAAUAAAAUAGGGAACAUUUUCGAACCAAUUAUUUCUGUAGAAAGCCGUUAUGUAGUCUGACAGCCUUUUUUUCUAUUUUUUUUUUAAGUCUUCAUAUAUUUCACAUGUUAAGAGUUGUAUUGUAUCUACGCGGAUCAUAAUGUAACAAUAGUAUAAAAGUUGUGCUGAAAUAGACCUUGUGAAAUUGUUGUAAAUGUUGUGAAUUGAUAUUGAUAUUAAGAUAUUGAAGAAUGCUUUUGGAGCUAGACCAUAGACUUGCAAUUCCAAGUUUUUCAUGGAACCGUGUUUAUGCCAUUGAAACUUGACUGUUGUUAACUAUUCGAAUCUUCAAACACCUUGGGCGCUAAUGAAUUAGAAAACAAAUCUCUUGAUACAGGUUUCGGACUAACAAGUGAAACAUUUUUACAGAGUUGGCAUUUUGCGUAAUUAAUAAACGUUCUUGAAAAUGUGUGUUAGUAUCGAGCGAUGCAGUAAUGCGACUUCAAAGCAUUCAGCUUCUGAUAAUCAUUUGCGAAUGAGGCUCAAGUGACACUAGCUUCACAACUGCACGAGCUGACCAAGUUCGCACCGAGCCCACAAUGCCAGUACAUAUGUGCAAUAUGCAUGAGAAUUUUAGGUAAUCAUUAUAAUUAGUCUCCGAUGGUGAAGCUGCACCCUGAGUGUUAUUGCUGAACGAUACGAUACGCGGUGGUGGUGUAACGGAUUUGCAUACUACACCGUUUGCAAACGGUGAAUCCCAUGACAUUAAAAAUUCAACAAACGUGUGUGGUGCGGCGCACUUGAGACGACGGACGUAAACGUUUCAUAAUUUAUCGAUAAAACUUCAGCGCGAUUUCCAAUUAGAGAAGUGGUUAUCAUCGUCUUGUUCUUCUUCAUCAACAUCAUCGUCGUGGUCGUAGUUUGUCGUGAUUUUUUUUUUCUUUUCGAGGUGACAAAAAUACUUCCCAUCAAACAAACAGUGUGACACGCGAUGAUCCGUUGCCGCGCAAAACUUGGAACCGGUUCGUUUGGUUUCUUAUGCGGUGGUAACUGUGCGAAAGUCAUCGUUGCUUUUCGGGUCAUCGGAGCGCUGACAGGACUGGGGAGGUAAUUAAAAAAUGCACGUGGCGGGUGUUUGUGUUAUUAAUAGUGCUUUGAUUGAAUGCUGAAUUUUCAAUAAGCCGACAGCUCAAUUUCGGCAGAAAAUACUGAUGGAGGUGACGUCCAUAAAUGUCGGUUGCUUCCUAGAAUGCCACCAAUCCCAAAUACUGAACACCCUUUCUCUUUCUAGCAACGACACGCUAUUUAUGGAGAACAUGCGAGAAGUGAACCAUGACGAUAGCACAAUUUGUCGCUUCUCACAAUGAGGUGAUUGAAAGGGUAUCGAUUGGGAUUUGGAAUUCUGAUGGUCAUCAUAGGAUUGUGCAGACAAAUAACAUGAUUACUAGCAGCGGUUUAAUGAAUUGAACCAGGCACAAGUUUAGCAGCUAAUUAUCCACGCACGUUGUGGUGUAUCAGAAAUUGAAUUCGUGUACCGUUAGUUGGGGUAAAUUGAAUUUCUUGUGCGAUAUCUGACUCAUUCUAUCAAUUGAAAUUAAUCUUUUAGGUUUACAGAGCAACACUCACACUCACUUUUACAUGAAUUCAUUUACCACCGAAUUUACCACUAACAUACAACUUACAUAACACACUUAUCUCUUCACUCGUUUAUCAACUUACACACUUACUCGUCUACCUAGUCACUCACAAAAUUAUUCAUCAAAUCAAAAAAUCUUAAAUUCUCUUCCUUGGUUGAUUACUCAUCAAAUCAUUCACUCACCAUUACUUCAUUCAAUUUUUAAAUUACUUAUUCAGCAACUAUCAUUUACCAAUUCAUUGACACAUCAGUUCACUCACUCACCAAUUCACUCGCCAACUCACACAUUUCAAAACUCACUAACUUACAGACUUACUAACUAAUCUACACAAUAUGUCAUCCCACUCACUGAAAAACUCAUUCGCCAACCUAAUUUGUUCAAGAAAUACCUUUCUCGCGAACUGGGUUAUACCUAAAAGUCUCGAUGUUUGUUUUUCGUGGCGCGAUUUAAGGAUUUUUUUUGUUACAAACCUUCGUGACACAAGUUAGUGAAUGGAUAAGUAAGAAUCAAUUUACUCACUCACCAAUUCACGGCAUCAUUGAAAAUUGACAAACAAAAAAAUAGGCUACCUUCAUUUUAAAACACGCUUUUUGUUCGCGAGUUUAUUUUAAAUUGGAUCUUACCUGAAUGCUGUAAGUGUCAUCCGAUAACAUAUACCAGUCAUUCUAUUCAACAUCCUCAACGCCAUCUUUCACAGCAUAUAACAACGGCUUCGUCAUGUUACACGACAGUUGAGCCACUUGGUAAUAACCUUAGGUAAGUAGAAUAUACACUAUAUAUGCUUUAUGUGCUCUCCGAGCAUUGCAGCCAUAUGUAACGUAGAAGCGACAAAAACUGAUAGUUGUAUAGAAGAUACAAUUUUCAUUCAAGUGGAAAGCUAGUUCUGUUCCAGCUGGAACGUAAUGCCAACAUAAAAGUAUAGCAUUUACUACGCAGCAUUGAAAUAUUCAUGCUACACGGAAACAAAUCUAAUAUAGAAAUUGUGAUUUACAAAUCAUGAAAUUAUAAAAGGUGGCUAAUUAUGAAAUCAUGAUCGUGAAUCAUGAUUUCGUAAUUUGAGCUACCGCUUUCAUGAUUUAGAGCAAUCAUGAAAUCCAGAUCAUAGCCAUUGGAGGUGUUACGUUCUUGGAGCACCUUCCACCUGGGUGCUUAGCAAUGUUUUUGUUUGGAAAACAGAUCUAGUUUCGUCGGCGAUUGACAUGGGCAGAUGCACUUCGUCGUUAAUGGUGUUGUAUUUAAAUUAAUUGUUGUGGUCACAGUGAUUUCUGGCAAAAAUUCUGCAACAACUAAGUAAGUUUAAUUGAGGGAAAGGAUCGAAGAAAGGAUAAAAUAUCUAAUUCUGGUUAAAUAUCGCCAUCAGAUCUGGCCCAAAAUGGAAUCCAGCGACCAGCCGCAAAAAAAUACAUCGCGCUGGGAAAAUUCACCCAGUACCUACUCCAAAACGAAAACCAGGAUUUGUACAAGCUGAACAGUUUCUGUGAACCGAACAGUUUGUGGUUUAUUAAUUUACUACAAUAUGGAGAAAUAUUCUACCGAACCAGAUUCGCAACUGGUGGUGAUCAAGAUAUCAGCGAUAUUUGUGUCUACAACGAGGAUUGGUUAGCUCCAGCGAAAGUGUACCGAAUGAUGCGUACCUACGUAAGUCCAUCAAGUACUAGAAAAAUGCGAUAGAUGUGAGAUUUUUGUGAUCUUUUAGGGCAUUCGGACAUCGGAAACUCAAUAUGUUGAAAAUUCUUGUUAAUAUAAAUGCUUUGAAAUGAUGCAAGUAUUGUUGUUUUAUUUAUUUUUAUUGUACGGAAAUAAAACCACCAGAGUCAUAAGCAAUGUGCAUCCGGAAUCAUGAUUCAGGAUCUAAAAUCAUGGCCCUGGCAAACUAACCGGAAACUAUGUGCACUCAAAAUCAUGAUUUCAGAUCCGGAAAACAUGAUUAAGCUUUAUGAUCCUAGCAAACUAUGAGGAUCAUAGGCAAUGCGCACAAGAAAUGAUGAUCUCAAAUCUUAAUACCAUAAUUUAACUUCAUGGUUCUAUCAAAAACAUAAGGCAUUGGUUGCGUUACGGACAAACGACUCAUGCGAUCAUGGUCAUAAAACGAAAAGACACUACACACUUAGUUUAGUCACUUGUUCGACUGUUCUAUUUUCGGUAAAAGUUUGGAUUACUGAAGUUCAGCACAGUUUUACCGAAGUUCAGCUAUUUUUUACCGAACAUUCGGUAAACAUUACCGAUGAUUCAGUACAGUUUACCGAACAUUCGAUAAUUUUUCGCCGAACUUCUGUAAUAAUUUGCUGAAUAUCCGGUAAUCAGAACUUUUACCGAAAAUAGAACAGCUGAAUACGGUACUUUAUUUUAAGUUUGUAUGCUCUUGAUAUUAUGAUCCAUAAUCAUGAUUAUGGGAUCAGAUUUUUAUCCGUGUAUGACAAAAAAUUUCGAAUGCGUUAAUUUUGCGUAUAAAUUUUAUAGUAGGACUGUUUUGCGCAGGAUUUUGAGUUGUGGGACAGACCUGAGUAGAAAUUCAACAGUAGGACAAUUCGACUUGAUAUGCUUUUCAUUGAGCCUUCGAACACAAUAUGUUAUUUUUUGAUGUUAUAUGAAAAUAUAUGUAUAAAUAGAGUGCCAGGUGAAAAAAAGUCAAAAUCGCCAAAAAGUUACAUGGUACAACUAUGCGUAGAACGGCAGUACAAAUAUGCUGAAUUUCACAUAUAUUUGUGGUUCCGUGUCAAAAAUUGAGCUUAAGGUACACCGGGGCAAGUUGAAACGGGUGGGGCAAGAUGAAACAGCGAGUUAACAUGAUGUUCUCUAAUGAUGAUAAACAGUUUGACCGCCAUAACGCAUAGUUUUUGAUUCAAACAAUCUUUUAACGAAGGAUAAAAAAAAAAAAAAAAAAAAAAAGACACGGACAACGUCUUCAGCUUUCGGCUGUACAGACUGUAUUAAACUUAACACUAGACAACGGACAAACGGAGCAUGCACCAGUGGAAACGGGGAAGAAACUAUUCUCACGAAAAGUUUCAACGCCCGAAGCGGGAAUCGAACCCUCACCCCAUAGCAUGGUGCGAUUAUAAGCUUGGUGACCCUAACCGCACGGCUACGAGGCUCCACCAAAUAGUCAAAUAGUAUUGAAAUAUGUUUCAAAACUUCGUGUCUCAUUUUGCCCCACCCGUUUCAACUUGCCCCGGUGUACCUUAAUUCAUUAAUGGAAACCAUAG